AUGAUUGAAAAUGAAGACCCUGAGAAAAAAGGUGGUGUCUGGGCUUUGGAUCAACAGCUGGACCAGCCCAUGGAUGAGGAGGCUAAGAAGUUCAGUAACAUGUCCGAGGACAAGAAAUGUUCAUCAAUAACGGUUCUGCAGCUUGCAUUUCAAAGCCUUGGUGUGGUCUAUGGAGAUUUGGGCACAUCUCCUUUGUAUGUUUUCUAUAAUACAUUUCCUUAUGGAAUUGACGAGCCAGAUGAUUUACUUGGAGCUUUAUCGGUUGUUAUAUAUUCCCUCACUCUUAUUGCACUCGUGAAGUAUGUUCUUAUUGUCUGCAGAGCAAAUGACAAUGGUCAAGGUGGAACAUUUGCUCUUUAUUCAUUACUCUGUCGACAUGCAAAAAUAAAGACUGUUCCUAACCAAGACCAAAGUGAUGAGGAGCUAACAACAUAUAGCCGUUCUACAUUUGGUGAGAAAUCAUUUGCUGCAAGAACCAAGAGAUGGUUGGAGGGACAUGCAUUAAUGCAGAGCACACUUCUUAUUCUUGUCCUCAUUGGCUCUUGCAUGGUGAUAGGGGAUGGUAUUUUGACUCCAGCCAUAUCAGUUCUGUCAGCAGUUGGUGGGAUCAAUUGUUGCCGGUUUCAUACUAGUAAUGACAUAGUCGUGGUUGUUGCUGUUGUUAUACUGGUAAUUUUGUUUAUCAUGCAACAAUUUGGUACACAGAAAUUCGGUUGGCUGUUUGCACCAAUUGUGCUCCUUUGGUUUCUCUUAAUUGGAGGAAUUGGCAUCUUCAACAUUUGGAAAUAUGAUACUAGCAUUUUGAGAGCUUUUUCACCUGUGUAUGUGAUAGCAUUUUUUCGAAAGGGUGGUACACAUGGGUGGGCAUCUCUCGGAGGUAUCAUGCUUUGUAUAAACGGAACAGAAACUCUUUUUGCUGACGUAUCCCAUUUCCCAGUCCUGUCCGUACAGAUUGCUUUCACAUUAGUUGCAUUUCCUUGCCUUCUUUUAGCCUACUCUGGUCAAGCUGCCUACCUUAUGAAAUAUCCACAUCAUGUGUUCGGGGCUUUUUAUUACUCUAUUCCAGAAAGCAUAUAUUGGCCUGUGUUCAGUGUUGCAACUGCAGCUGCUAUUGUUGCAAGUCAGGCCACCAUAACUGCAACUUUUUCAUUAAUCAAGCAGGCCCUUGCGCUUGGCUGUUUCCCAAGAGUCAAAGUUGUAUAUACAUCAAGGAGCCAUCACCAGAUAUAUAUUCCAGACAUUAAUUGGAUUCUUAUGAUUCUAUGCAUUUCGGUGACAGCUGGAUUUAAAAAUCAAAGCCAAAUUGGGAACGCUGCUGGGACGGCUGUUGUCGUAGUCAUGUUGGUAACCACAUUUCUUAUGAUUUUAGUCAUGAUAUUAGUGUGGCGCUGCCAUUGGACUCUUGUACUCAUUUUCGCUUGCUUAACAUUGGUAGUGGAGGGCACUUACUUUUCUGCUGUACUCCUUAAGGUCAAUCAAGGUGGGUGGGUUCCUCUUGUGAUUGCGGUAGCCUUCUUUAUCGUUAUGUAUGGCUGGCAUUACGGUACAGUAAUACGCUUUGACAUUGAGAUGCACAGUAAGGUAUCGAUGGCAUGGAUUCUUGGACUCGGUCCCAGUUUAGGACUGGUUCGGGUACCUGGGAUAGGACUUGUGUACUCUGAGAUAGCCACUGGAGUGCCUCGCAUCUUCUCUCACUUUAUCACCAACCUUCCCGCCAUCCAUUCUGUUGUUGUCUUUGUCUGCGUGAAGUACCUUCCUGUCUGCACAGUCCCAGAAGAAGAACGGUUCCUGGUAAAGCGGAUUGGACCCAAUAACUUCCACAUGUUCCGUUGUGUUGUAAGAUAUGGCUACAAAGACGACCACAAAAAGGAUGAUGACUUUGAGGAGAAGCUCUUUGACAACCUUUUCACGUUUGUCCGGCUUGAGUCCCUGAUGGAAGGAUCUCCAGGCUCUGAUGUAUCCAGUAUACUUAACCAGCAAACAAUCCAAUCAAGAGAUGCCAUGUGGAACAAUAACAACAACAGAAGUAUACCUUACUCCAGUGCAGACCUGUCAAUUACAUCAGUGGACUCAAUUGAGCUUGCUGAUUCUCCAAUAUACGUGAGCCAGCCUCUGACGUGCUCCAUUCCUACAAGCAGCCAGCUGGUGGAGAUCGAUGAAAUAGAAUUCUUGAACAGGUGUAGAGAUGCAGGGGUGGUGCACAUACUGGGAAAUACUGUAGUGAGAACUAGGAGGGACUCAAAUUGUUUUAAAAAGAUGGCUGUUGAUUACCUUUAUGCAUUUCUUAGGAAGAUAUGUAGAGGAAACAGUGUACUCUUCAAUGUUCCUCAUGAGAGUCUCUUGAGUGUUGGACAGAUUUUCUAUGUAUAA